CUUUAUAAUCAACAGUGACUUCUCCUGCCGAGGAUGGCUGUGCGCAGUAACUCUCUGAUGCCGUUCUCCAUUCAAGCCAUCCUGAACCGAAAAGACGAGUCUCGACACUUGAACGAUCUGGAGGUUUGUUUCUCAAAAAGCGCUUGUUGGAAGAUCUUCGGUGGCAUGGAUGAACCGGACAGGAGCGACGAGAGAGAGCACAAGAACUACGACUCGGACUCCGGGAUGAGCGAGGACACCGACAGUAAAGCGCAGAUCGACGCAAAGCCCGAGAAAGACGCAGAUUUAGCGGAAGACACGGACCCGGAGUCCACGGCGGAGCACUGCGGAGCCCGGGAGCGUGUGUCCGACUGCACCGGCGCCGAGGAGAAGAGCAGCGAUCAGCCCAAGCAGCGGAAGAAGCGCUCGCGCGCCGCGUUCUCUCACGCGCAGGUGUUCGAGCUCGAGCGUCGCUUCAAUCACCAGCGCUAUCUGUCGGGACCGGAGCGCGCGGACCUCGCCGCCUCCCUCAAACUCACCGAGACGCAGGUCAAGAUCUGGUUCCAGAACCGACGGUACAAGACCAAGCGACGCCAGAUGGCCGCCGAUCUGCUGGCCUCGGCCCCGGCGGCGAAGAAGGUGGCCGUGAAGGUGCUGGUCCGGGACGACCGGAGACAAUACAGCCCCGGAGAACUACUGCGACCGCCGCUGCUCUCCUAUUACUACCCGUACACGUACUGCCUGCCCGCCUGGAGCCUGUCCUCCGCGUGCACGGGAAGCCAGUGACACCGGGACUUACACUAUAUUUAUUCGACUCAAGACAUUCGUUACCUGAACACGCCAGGCCCGGUUCUACGGGGUGCUCAAACUCUCAGCUAAAGCUGCAUUAAUGGCAUUUCACUGAGGAUUUUGGCAAACCACGGUUUACGGAUCACAUCAGCAUCACAGACACUUCUCUCGAGUUCUUGAACCCAACAGCCAAUCAGAUGCGUUUAUGCUAGAAUCAUCCUCCGCUAUUUGUGUUCAGCACGAAUCAUCUCAUUAUAAAGAAGUGUAGAGAGAUUCAUUGAGCAUCGAUGAGAACUUACAAUAAUUAAGAGCGAGUUUUAGAGAUUGUAAACAGCUCUUUACGCCACAGCAAUGGACGGCACCUUUAUAAAACCUUUAUAGAUAUUAUUAAGGUUCGAGCCCCCUCACUAUUUUGAGAAGCACCCUCAGAGAUGUGCUUCUGGAGCUCAGAACUCGGCUACUAUAUGAGUUUUACACUCUAUAAAACAAGGAUUUUGUGUCACAAUGUUUGGAAAAUAUGUCUGGUUUUAGCAAACUGUCUCUCUUCUGGUUGGAAAGCAGCCGUUGCUGUUGUUUGUUCUCGGUAACGGUAAGACCGGCACUUUCCCACAGUUCAUCACGGCAGGAAACAUGGACUCACGAGAGAACAGUGACGUCUCAGCGUUUACUCCACCUAUGUGUGCUUUCAUAUUAGUGUUACCUGUUUUGUUUAAUGGAAAAGAAAUCACACAUUAAAAGCAUAAUUUCAGUCGUGUUUCUCUGCAUUUUAUGAGAUCCUCAAAGUCAAAUUAUGGAAUUAAUGACCCGUGACACGAGCCCUCUGGAGUCAUUAAACUAGUGUAAGUUUGACAGAAGAGAAGAAGAGUCGCUGAAUAAUCGUUAAAUCCACGUUUAGAAGCAUGUAAAUGUUGUUCCUCCGAGGGUGCUGUAUGGUAUUUUAGGCUAUCAUACUGCUGAAUUCUGCUUUAAAGUUGAAUCCAUAUUUCAGAAUAACUAAAAUCUUCUCUCCACAUUUACGCAUUUUAGUCUCAUUCAUGUAUUGGAGACAAAAAAGGAACUUCGGAAUAUUAAAAUGAGUGAAAUUCGCAACAGCAAUAAACAUAAAGUAACUGAGAUUAUUAACAAUGCAAACCAUAAAACCAAACUAUGCAACCAUCACAGCCCUGUUCAAAAAUAAUAAUCAUGAAACUAAUAACACAUGCAUCGGGUUAUGAUUUAAUGUUGUUUUGUCGGCCGUUUCAAACACUUUGAUUUAUGAUCAGAUCAAGGCAUCAACUCUGUAAUACACUUUACAGAGCUAAUUCGGUUUAACUUUGUGUAUAUAAAUGUAUGAAUUAUAUUUCAAUAAAAGAUUAGCAUAGCUUGC